AAAAGCUUUACGCGGAUGUGUUGUUCGUGUGCGGCACAUGCUAGUGAUCAAGUGGUGAAAAAGACGACCAACCUGUCACAUGUCCGUUAUCCUAGAUGAUUUUUACACACGAGGUAGCUGUGACUCCAAUUUUAUCAAAGAUAUCAAUUCAAAAAUGAGAGUUCCUGAUAGAAUAUCAUUAGAUCCAAGUAGCUUACCGCAGGUGAAUUUAUCGCUCGAUUCUUCUGAGAAUGACAAUAUGAAAGUGCCAGAAAGGAUAGUCAUGUCUGGUGCACAGAAUCAAUCAUCUCCACUUAUGGCAUUCAACCGACGUGGAGAUGAUCUUAUCGAUAAUUUAGAUCCUGUUCCACUUCAACAUGCUUUAGAUCCAUUGCCUACUUCUUUAGUGUUAAAUGAAGUUCAUUAUCCAGAUCUAGAACGAUUAACUAUUGAGAAGAGAGAAAUAGAAACAGCCAUCUCAACUCCACUAUUAUUAACAAACGAAUCUCAGAAUCAUAUCCCAACAGAACAACAGCCUUCUCCACUUCCUUUAUCGAAUAUCUCAAAUGUUAUAAAUCAUUCAUCUACAACAAUAUCAUCAUCACCAUCAUCAUCAUCAAUGAAUCAAACAAAUAAUACUCAAUCUAUUGUUGUAGAUACACGACGUCUUAGAUUAUUAGAGAUUCGUAUGAAUGAAAUAGAACUUGAAUUAUCUAGACGUCAAUUCAUGGAUAAAUUACUUUAUAUCACAUUUGGAGGUUAUUUCGUUUUAAAAUGUUUACGUCUAUUAUUCUCUUAGACUGUCCUUCUUCUUCUUCUACAUCUUCUUCUUCUUCUUCUUCUUCUUCUUCUUGUUUGUCAUUAGAUGUAGUCAAGGCCUAUUCUGUUGUGGGUUUUGUUUUUUCUCUCUUUGUUUUUCUUCUACUGUUAUUACUACUUUCAUCAAUGACUCAAUUCAGUAGUAUUAGUAGGUUUUGAUAAAUAAUGAAUGGGAAAUUGUACAGUUCAUUUAAUGACAAUGAUCUAUCAUUAUGUAACAAGCAUUCAGAUGAUUGAUAUUCAUGAUUAAUUUUUUUUUGUGGUUUCUAAAACAACAUUUUGUAUGGCAACUAAAAAUGUAACUGAAUUAAAUCAUCCUCAUUUCAAUUGUAUACUACUUAAUCCUAUGAAAAUAUGAUCAUAAUUCUUUGUAUUGAGAUGUAUCUUCAGUUUAUCAUAGCUAUGAAUUGUAUUUGAUUUCGCUUAGUGUUUCUAUGGUCCCGCCCCCCCAAAAAAAACGGAUGAAGGAGGAGGAGGAGGAGGAGGAGAGUUGGACAUAGAUCUGUUAACCUAACCUUGUAAUAAAGAACCUCAC